GGAUAUUACCACUUGUGACAGGGAUGAAUAAUUUUUAGAAAACGCUGCGGAGACUUUUUUUUUUUUUUUUUAAUUACUUUUUCGCUUGUUUGGGGAAAUACUGGACAGUGGCGCUGCUGACGGGAGCGGGAGCAGGAACACGCUGUGCCGGCUUUAAUCGUCCUGCUUUAUUUAUUGCAACAGAGCUGCGAUUUGGAAACUUCUUACUUUUUUUGCGGCGCCUAUUUCGAGGAAUAUUUCCUCACUUUCUGUUGUAUCACGACCGUAAAAAAGACUGUUUGCAAUGACGGUGUGACUGGAGUAAAAGUUCUCCAUCGGACUUGAGAACACCUGCCCCUCUCUCCUCCCUCUGCGCCGCACUCGACGGCAUGACCCUCGGCACGGUGGCCGCCUCCGACAGCUCGUCGCCGGUCAGCUUCUGCUCCUGCUGCGGGGCAAAGAUGGUACCCUACUUCAGCGACGACGCGGUGGUGUCAAAAAAUGAGAUCAAUCAGCUUAUCAGUGAGAGCUUCCUCACGGUUAAAGGUGCAGCCCUCUUCCUUCCCAGGGGUAACAGCCCCACGCAGAACUCUGCACCUCGAAUCAGCCAGCGCAGGAACAAGCACACAGGUGACCUCCAGAAGCAUCUUCAGACCAUGUUCACUGUGCUGCGCCCAGAAGACACAAUCAGACUGGCUGUGCGUCUGGAGAGCGCCUACCCUCAGGUAACCCGCUACAUGGUGGUGGUCUCCACCAACGGCAGGCAGGACACAGAGGAGAGCAUUGUGCUCGGCAUGGACUUUGUCUCCUCUGAUAGCUGCUGCACAGUGGGUCUGGUUCUACCUCUCUGGAGCGACACUAUGAUCCACUUGGAUGGAGACGGUGGCUUCAGUGUGUCGACAGUGAACAGGGUUCAUGUCUUCAAGCCAGUGUCUGUCCAGGCCAUGUGGUCAGCCCUCCAGUCGCUCCACAAAGCUUGCGAGGUGGCUCGCUGCCAUAACUACUACCCAGGCAGCCUGUUCCUGACCUGGGUCUGCUACUACCAGAGCAGAGUCUCAUCCAGCCAGUUGUGUAUCAACGAAUGGAACGCCAUGCAGGACGUCGAGUCGCACCGUGCCAAUUCACCCAUACUCUUCACAGACCUGCCCACAGAGAGGGAGCGCACAGAACGGCUGAUCAAGAUGCGCCUCAGGGAGAUAAUGAUGCAGAAAGACCUGGAGAACGUCACCUCCAAGGAGAUCCGAACAGAGCUGGAGAUCCAGAUGGUGUGCAACCUGAGGGAGUUUAAAGAGUUCAUAGACAACGAGAUGAUUGUGAUCCUGGGACAGAUGGACAGCCCCACGGAAAUAUUUGAACACGUCUUUCUGGGCUCAGAGUGGAACGCCUCUAACCUAGAGGAGCUGCAGAACAGUGGAGUGCGCUACAUCCUGAAUGUGACCAGGGAAAUCGACAACUUUUUUCCGGGCAUGUUUGAGUACCACAACAUCAGAGUGUACGACGAGGAGGCCACCAACCUGUUAGAGUACUGGAACGACACGUACAAGUUCAUCACCAAGGCCAAGAAAGCCGGUGCCAAGUGUCUGGUUCACUGUAAGAUGGGCGUGAGCCGCUCUGCGUCCACAGUGAUAGCCUACGCUAUGAAGGAAUAUGGCUGGAACCUGGACACCGCCUUUGACUACGUGAAGGAAAGACGAACCGUCACCAAGCCAAACCCUUCCUUCAUGAAGCAGCUGGAGGAGUAUCAGGGAAUUCUGCUGGCAAGCAAACAAAGACAUAAUAAGCUAUGGCGCUCCCACAGUGACGGUGACUUGUCAGAUCGCCCGGACUCUAAGCCUUCAUCUCCCUCCUUGAGCCGCACUGACUCUCACAACAACAACACCUCCUCCCCCUCCGUGCAUCACUUUCUGGGCGUGGCUGUCCUGCAGGCACUCGGCGCUGAACCAAAAGACUCUCCCAAAUCAAACGACAUGCACACCUCUGACUCACACCUGCUCUCCAAUGGAGUUUGUGAGUCACUGGUUCAGGCGGAGGAGGUCAGAUCAGAUUGUGAAGACCCCUGCCUGUUUGCCCUCCCCAGACCCCGAGCAGCCACCGUGGUCCCAGAGGAAAAGCAGGACAAUUCGGCGAGCGUGGCUGUCACUGUGCCUGUUGCUCUUCCACACCCACCACCAUCGCUCCACAUCCUACCUCCCACCCCCGAACUGCAGCGUGCUCACAGGGGUGCCCCCACACAUCUGUCCAGCUCAGUGGCCAAAUGCAAGCCGGAGGAGCUUUUCCUCAAUUUACCUGAUGGAAGCAGCUCAGAGGAAGUCUCUCCUCUCACUCUGGAAUCUGCUGACUCAGAUAUGAUCAACCAGUCACUGUCUGAUUUAACAAGCGACAGACAAACUCCGCUCAGCCCUGCGUCUCCCACCUCUCUGCCCCUGCUCCUGCCCCUCGCUCCCAGCGAUGGUGAUGAUGACAACAACAACAACCCCAGUGAGUUAGAGAUGGGCAGCACCUUAGACAGCCGCGGCGAGGCAGACGGGUCAUCGACCCACAGCACGGACAGCAUCGAUUUCUUUAGUGCCCGGGAGAAGUUUCUGGGGCUGGCCCAAGAUGGUCGAAUUCGGACACUUUCAGAGCAGGCACAGCAAAAGACGCCUCUGUCAGAUGACAGAGAAACAGAAGUCUGUGAAAAUGAGGAGGAGCAGAGGAAUGAGACGAGUCAGGAGUCUGAAGACAGCUUUGACAAAGCCAGCCCUGACCAGCCUCACCAUGACAACGGAAUAUCAGUCCGCCAUAUUGUCACUGAGAUCGAAGCCAUAUCACACCCGGCCUCCUCUCUUCCGACUCCUUCCUCCUCGUCAUCUUCGUCACUGCCUCCAUUCUCUCACAGCCCUCAGAUCACCCGACCGGAACAUCAGGAAGAGGCGGAGUCUUCCGAAGCCACGCACGGCUCUUCCACUCCACCUUCACACCCCCAGUCUCCCUCCGUUAUGCCGUGCGACUGGCCAGCAGGCUCCGUGCGGCGGGCCACCAAACAGCUGGAGCAGAAGCUGAGGCAGGAAUUGGAUAUAGCGGCGUCUCAGCGGUCCCCGCUGCAUUCCCCCAGCGCCGAACACCCGCCCGUCAGACUGUCCGUGUCCUCUCCGAUCACUGAACACCCUCCUCUCCACUCCCCCCUGCAUGCUACAGAACAAAGGAUCGCUCAGGGAGAGAACGUGGCUGUUUCUGCUAAUGCUAAGUCCAAAGACGAAGAGAAGCACACAGGGUCACACAAAAGACUUGAUUCCUCAGGCACAAAUGACCUCCAAGACCCUUCAUGCUCCCCAAAUUUAAAUAUCAGCCAAGUCUCUGGUGCUAUACCUGUCAGUGUGCACACAUCCACAGUUAGCCAUACGGUGACCUCAUCACUGGCCUCCAGUAAGCACUUAUCAGCAUCAUCUCAAGAUACCUCAGCCCAGUCUCAUAGACAGGGCCAGCUCCAUAGCCAAAACCUGCAGGCCUGUUCAAACCAAAUGACUCUGGGUGGUGUGACAGUGCAGGAGUCAGACACGGAUGAAAGUUCUCAGGGCAGGCGAGAGGACUGUGGCCCCAGCUGUGAUGCCCAGAGGAGGCUGGCUCAUGGCAGCCAGGAGCUGGAGAGGAUUCAGCAGACACUAAGAGAGCUGCAGGCUUUUCUUCACGAGGGCAUCAGCCUGGAUACUGCAGACAGUCGAGCACAGGAACUGGGGCAGCCUCAGGGGCUGAGAGACGCUAUGGACACAGAGCCAGGAAGUUAUAAAGGGUUGAGUUUUGAAGAAAACCCUCCAGGUCUGAAAGUGGGGCAGCAGCUCCCAGAGAGACAAGAGCAGAAGAGUUUGGUAGAGCCAACGGCAUGGCACAGAGCCAUGGAGCUCGAGGCGCGCAUCCGCCAGGCAGGCCUCACCCCCCCUUCUCUCAUGAAGAGAUCGGCCUCCUUAGCUAAACUGGACUGCCUGGAGCUGUCAGCCAAUGACCUCAGCAGCUUGGACCUGAGGACGCACAACAGAACGGCAUCGUCGCACUCACGGGACUCUUCCUCCUUGCCCCAGUCUCACCCGGACGACACCUGGAAGAAGCAGAAAGUGCUGGCACAGAGGUCCUGUGCUGAAAGAACAGGUUUGUCCUGUGAUGACACAUCCCCUCCACCCCACUGCCUCUCCUCCUCCACUACAGGUGAAAGAGGAGAGAGGGAGGAGCCAGAUAGCAGUAGUAGCGUAGUCUCCGCGUCCCGUCAGCAGGGGAGAGGACACUCAUCGAGACGUCCUCGCAGAGCAUCUGCUGAGAAAAAGCAGCAGCGGGCCGUCACACUGCUAUACAAUACCAUGUAACCUCAGCGCAAUGGACUGGAAUAGAUGCAACUGGAGCUGUGCAUAUGUGUGAAAGUGGCUGCAUGAUGUGUAUGAAUGCAUAGCAGGUCAGCUGUAGCCCCUGUGUAUCCUCUAUUGUAUGUGUAUAGUAUGCAAGACAUGAAUGAUGAGCAUAUAUAUUUGCAUGUAAACCACUGGAUGUGUUCAGAUUUGUCUGUACAGUGAUAUGAAUGUCCAAACCAAGACUGAAGGGUGCAUAAUGUACUCACUAUAUCAGUGUCCCUUUUUUCUUUUUUUUAAUGUGUGACCCUCGCUGCCUGUUCAGAGUUUCUAAAACUCCAACCAGAGGGGCUUUUUCUUCUCAAAAUAUGCACUUUACUGUUUAGAUGAGUUUUUUUUUUAUUAUUUGAGAUGUGUUUCUUACCCCGGGGAGGAUUCUUUUGCACUGUUCUCAGUAGACUUGUCUCUGUGGUUUUGUCUUCAAAGCUGGCAGACAUGUCUUUAUUCAGAUUUUUAAUUAAACCAGGAGAAAGCUGA